ACUCAUCACACACACAGGGACCCGACACAGUGACACCCGGGAGGGGGAGCCCACAGCAUGGCAGCCGCCUUCCCCCCCAAGAUCAGCCCCACGCUGAUGACCCCGGACCCCCAUUAUAUCCCCGGGUAUGGCGGAUUUUGUCCUCAGUACAAGUACAACCUGGGCAAAACCUACGGGAAGUUGACCGCAGAUCUGCUGACCAGUCCGGACAUCCAUCGCUCGGGGCAGCUUGUGCUGCAGUCCUGUCUGUUCCCUCCACCCCGUACCACCAGCCACAUAGAAGGCCCUGAGGACCUCACCAAGAGGAGGAGACCCCGUCUAGGAGACAAGAAACUCUCAUGGAGUAUGAUCCCGGGAUACACAGGUUUCAUCCCCAGAUCGCAGAAAUUCUUUGCUAAGUCGUAUGCCGAGACCACUCGGGACGCCCUGACCGACUUCCAGAAGGAUCAGUACCAGCAGGAGAGCCAGAGGCAGGAGCAGGCCCUGGUCAGCAAGCUGCAGAGUGGACAGCAACUGCCCCGCACUGAGCAAGAGAAGCAGCUCAUCGUAGCCAAGUAUCGGACUCCGCUCCCUCCGCUGUCCAAGGAUGCGGCACCCUACGUCUCUGCCAGUGCUUACCAGAUCCAAGUGUCCCCCUACUACAUGGAGGAUGGCAAUCCGCACAAGUAUUUCAUCUCAGGUUACACCGGGUAUGUUCCUCGAUCUCGCUUCAUGAUUGGCACCGGCUAUCCCAUCACCACCAACAGAGCCAUGGAAGAGUUUGGUCACAUGACCCUGAAGAGAGGCAUGAGAGUGGGAGGCCAGCCAGAGCCGCGGGAGGGGAACAAGGAGCUGUCGGAUCAGAGUCACGUCUACCUGGAGGAACUGGGCUUACUGCCCCGCUACACGGGAUACGUGCCAGGUUACAAGUUCCAGUAUGGACACACCUACGGUCACCUUACCCAAAAUGCACUGGGCCAGAGCACCCUACAGAAGCAGAUGGUGAAUUAGGAGAAAGAAGAAGAGCAGGAGACACAGCGGCCAAUGUAGCCACCACCGACUGAAGAGUCAGCUGACCCAACCACGGUCAUGCAAACAUUCAUACGAACAUUCUCAUCAGUACACGUCUCCAUCUUCGAUUUUUCUCACCACUGCGGCCACAAAUGGCUGUUGUGGUUGUUUUGACCCCACUAAUGUUUAAAAAAUAAAAAAACUUUCUUAACCCCUCCCUGCCUAUCCCCAGUGUCCAUUUAGCUGGGCCUUUAUACCCUAGACCAAGAUCUAGCCAAUCACAUGACCAGUCAUUAGCAGAGACUGAGCGCUGUCUUGGACCUCUAUGCUGGGAGCAGUGACCAUUAGACAUGUGCAAUUUGUUUAGUUCCAAAUUCGUUUUUUUAACACA